AUGCCUCCCGCUGAUCCACUGCUGAAUCCCCUGCGAGCCGUCAUCCGGAGCUUCACAUGCUCACAGUGCGGGAAAUUCGAUACGACGGGCCAGCCGAGUUCGCCGUACUUUUGUCCUUGCUGCCGAGAUGGGAUUGGUGGCCCCCCGAGCUGUGCCUACACAAGCCUCAUUUAUGGGAGUAACAUGGCCUACGUCAUGGGAGCCCUGGCUUUGGGUUCAAGCCUGGUGCUCAGUGGAAGUGAGCAUAAGCGAGUGUUGCUGCACACAGAGGAUGUGCAUGCCGAUUCACUGCAGCUGCUUGGACAGAUCUGGCAGUUGCAGCAGGUGCCCUACAUCAUCUCUGCUGGGGAUCUCCAUGUCUCAAGCGACAAAGCAAGAUUCCGAGAAGUCUUCACCAAGUUGCAUGCCUUUAACCCGGAAGUACUGCCUUAUGACAGGGUUGUUUUUCUAGAUUUGGAUAUGAUCGUUUUGCGCAACAUCGACGAGCUCUUCGAACUUCGCCCCCCGGCAGCCAUGAGCACGGCCAAGCGCAGCGGCUUCGAUGAUAGCCACUGCCAGCAUGGGCAGCGACUCUCCCAUGACAUGUGCUACAUCAAUGCCGGCACCAUGCUUCUUGCUCCUUCAAAAGAGCUCUUUGAGCUGCUUCUGGCGGAUGUCCUAGAGCCAGAUCCUCAGUGGCAUGUCCAAGCCUGGUCUCCUGAGCAGAAGUACCUUUCGAAUGUGAUGAAGGGUGAGUGGAGCCACCUCAACCAGCUCUACAACUUCGAGGUGCAGCUGCAUUCGGGGGUGCCCUUGUCGCAAACCUGGCAGAAGACAGAAGUGCCCGAGAUCGCUGUCGCCCACUUCUCUGGCGCACAGAAGGUGUGGGAUACAGAGCCGGACCAGGAACUGGCUGUACUUAGCAACCACCAUGCACGGGAGAUCUUUGUGUCCCUUUCGCCGGCCGUGCAGCGGCUGGCGGAAGCCCGAUGUCGGCUGCUCCAUGCGGAGUGGCACGUGAAGUAUGCCCUGGCACUUCGCAGCUGCAGAGUUUCCUCUCCGUCGAAACCGGUUUUGCACAAGCUCCUCGCUACUGGCAGGCUGAGUGAGGGCAGCAUCGGCACUGGCUGGCAUCCGGGAGACAGCCUGAGUGUGGAGGAGUCUGGAUCCGUUAACGGCUCGAUCUACCACUUGGCUACCGUACUGCGACCAAGAGGCGACUCGCUGAUCCUUUAUCGAGAGGGUGCCAGCACCUCGAAGCCAUAUUGCUUUGAAGGUCGGGUCGAAGCUUGGGAUGCAAAGAAACUUCCACUGCCGGAUGAUCAUGUCGACAUCGCCGAGUUUGCGUUGGGAAGCAAGGCUAUUAUGUGGCUAGGUGAGGGUUAUGUGCAGGGUGUUGUUGUGGCCCGCAGCGGUGAAGAGCGCUUGCUGCGUAUCGGGUCACACUGGACUUGGCUGCCCGUCGGCUUCCUGCUUCCCUGCACCGCUCACGCCAUGGCUGACUUGGAGUAA